AGUGAAGUAAAGGCGUCUAUGUAUCAAAAUGGCUGACAAGCAGGGUGACUCGGGAAGUGAGUCAGACAGUACAGAUGAGCCUGUAGUUGGAAAUGUCAACAAAUUUGCUGUGGUGCCACCAAACUACACUGGCAAACCUAGAAAGGGUCAUCUCAUUUUUGAUGCCUGCUUUGAAAGUGGUAAUCUUGGUAGAGUUGAUUACAUCACAGAGACAGAAUAUGACUUGUUUAUUAGACCUGAUACAUGCAAUCCUCGUUUUCGUGUCUGGUUCAAUUUCAUUGUAGAAAAUGUCAAGUCAGACCAGAGGGUUAUCUUCAACAUAGUCAAUUUUAGUAAAACAAAAUCUCUAUACAGAGAUGGCAUGACUCCUAUGAUUAAAUCUACCAGCAGGCCAAAGUGGGUUCGCAUUCCAUCUAAAUAUGUUUAUUAUUACCGUUGCCCUGAUCACCGCAAGAACUAUGUAAUGUCCUUUGCAUUUGUAUUUGACCGAGAAGAAGAUGUUUACCAGUUUGCAUACUGCUACCCCUACUCCUAUACUAGAUUACAAAACUACUUGGACAAUUUGGAAAGGAGGAAUUAUGACUUUUUCACAAGAGAGCUAUUGUGUUUGUCCGUGCAACAGAGAAGGCUUGACCUCAUAACCAUUGCAAGUCCAAACAUUUGUGCCAAAGAAAAUGAUAAAUUAAAAACAAUUUUAAUUACUGCUAGAGUUCAUCCAGGAGAAACUCCUGCAUCAUUUGUAUGUCAAGGUAUAAUUGAUUUUUUAGUUAGCAAUCAUCCUAUAGCCAAGAUACUGAGAGACCAUUUAGUAUUUAAGAUUGUUCCCAUGUUAAAUCCAGAUGGUGUCUACCUGGGAAAUUACAGGUGCUCCUUAAUGGGCUUCGACUUGAAUCGUCACUGGCAGGAACCUUCACCUUGGGCUCACCCGACAUUAUACGCGACCAAAAAUUUACUUAUGGAGCUAGAUAGAAAUGAGAAACACGACAUGGACUUCUACAUUGACCUGCACGCCCACUCCACUCUCAUGAACGGCUUCAUGUACGGCAACAUUUACGACGACCCUGAACGUUAUGAAAGACAAUCGGUUUUCCCGAAACUCUUGUGCAGCAAUGCCGAGGAUUUCUCCCUGACCAACACAAACUUCAACAGAGAUGCAGUCAAGGCUGGUACUGGAAGAAGGACGUUGGGCAGUUGCCUCGAUGAAUCUCACUGCUACACACUUGAAGUUUCGUUUUUUAGUUACCAGACCAACACUACUGGGCAGUCUAUGCCUUACACGGAAGAGGCUUAUAUGAAACUAGGUCGCAAUGUUGCUAGAACGUUCCUGGACUACUACAAGUUGGUUGGGUAUAUAAGUAUCAAACCCAGUAGCGGGCUGACUCCUAAGCCAUCAAGCCAACUGAGCAGAAGUCAAGAAAAGUAUCACAGUUCGGAGAAGUCCUCCAGUGAACCGCUGUUUAAGUCCCAGGGAGAAAAUGUCAGUGCUAACAAGUCAGACAAAAAGACAGAUCGAUUGGGCAGAAAGUCAUCCUAGCUCAAUAGAAUUCAUCACUUUCUCUCAUCACCAGUCCUAGACUUCUAAUGUGUCACAGCAUUUAGCAAAGUAACUUUUUUUUUUUUCAAUACUGAUAGCAAAAAAAAAUGUCUGUACAAUACUAUAAAAAAAAGAUUUUGGUCAAAACAAAGUUUCUGAUUCUGAAGUACUGUAUCAGAAUGGAUAUGUACAUACACUGAUACAAUUGUUGCUCCAAAGAUGUCUAUAAUUCUAAAAAGGAUCAUUUAUUUUUACAAUACAUUAGUAUAUAACUAUGUUUGAAGGAUAUUUGGCUAUGUGAAUUGUACCCACUUUUAGCCCAUCACUCCUACUGGAAUAGUGGCCAAAGGUUAGUAUUUCACAUCUAGUAUGUGGUAAGCUACACUUAAUGAUUUCAUGUUUGCUUGAUAGAAAGUGUCUGGAACCCCAUUUAGUUAAGACUAACCUAAAACACAUAUCAAUAAUUCUAUUAUAUUGGAAGUGGAAGAACGUCCAAUGUGUAAUAUGGAUGCAGCCUCACUGUGGAGUCUCAAGUUCACUGUGGAGUCUCACGUUCACUGUGGAGUCUCAAGUUCACUCACUUUUAGUACAGAAAAUUAAAAACUGAUUGACAUUUAAUUCACCUCAAGAACUACAUCUUUUUAUGCACUGGUGGAGGUCAUCAAACUUUUUAUUGCAUUAGUCAGUUAUCGAAAUCAACUCAUAUUGUAAUGACUUUACGCUGCCAUUGAUGUAUCCGUAAUAAUAUUAACUGUGAUAUUUUAUUGAAUAUUUUUUUGAACAAUGAUAUAAAGUAGGUGCCAUUGUGUCUGCAUAUGCAGAAGUGUGUAUAAAAUGCUGAUUGCAUAGUUUCCUAGUCAGACAAUGUUUUAAGAAUAUCAAAAAAAAAAGUCUUCCUAGUGCCAGAUCAUUCUUGUUUUGUUUUUCUGUUUUUGCUCAUUUCAUUUUACUGUUAUCCCUUUUGUAAAUGUGAUCAUGACAAACAAAAAUUAUCAAAAGAAAAAUGGUAUUGAGAACCAGAAAGUUUUUCUUUUUUUAUUUUAUUGAAGUUGAUUACAUCUAAUGUUUCAACUAAUCAAAAGUUAAUAAUUAACAAGAUUUUUAAACACAGGUAAUCUUAAUUGAAGCUGUCUCUUUUAACCUUAGAAACUCCUCCUACUUGUUAAGUUGUUAGCCUACUUAGCCUAGUGUUAGCUUCAACAUGAUUCUCUUUUCUAUUUUGACAGCUUUUGUCUUUCAUAAUUGAGUAAACUAAUGCUGAAAACUAGAUCUAAAGGUUAGAUUUCAAUGGAUUAUAUAUACGCAGAAAAGAAUGCCAACUAUUUGUUUAUUGUUUUUUUUUUCGUCCUCAAUGAAGUUUCAAAGUUUAUUUUAUGAAACAUAAUCAGUCUGUAAGAAAACUAUUUAUAUGUUUGUAGCUGAUCAUACAGAAAGAGUUGGGGGUUUUUGUGUGUGUGUGUUUUAAAUGUUUGGUAACAUAGUAGUGGUAUCUCUUCUAAAUAUUGUAACUCACUGUGAUAUAGACCUGUAUGUAAUUAAAGGAUGAUACUCAAUAUUUUGUUGGUGUUGUUUUGUUAUUAGUGUGCAUCAGCACAAAGUUUAGAUUGAUUUAUUAUUGAAGUAUAUUGAAAUUUUAUAAUCCUUAAGAUUAUUAUUUGAGAGUAAAUGUUACUGAAGAUUGCAGGGAUAGAAGAUAGCAGGG